AUGGCAGCUGGAAUAAAACCUUACCAAUUUGAGCCAAAAAGAACAGACGAAGACGAUGAUUCAAAUGAAUCGUAUUGGGUUAAUUAUAAUAUAGAAAAUGCAAACGAAUUAGUGGAAGAAGAAAUGAGGGGAAGGUUGGCGAGAUUAAGUCGAGCGGAACAGGAAGACGAAACGUCGUGGUGCAAAUGCAAUAAAUGCAAAAAAUGGUUGUCAAUAAGGAGUUCGAGUAUAGACGUGCAAUGCAUAACGGAUCUUGAGGAUUUUCCACUGGUAUAUCUACAAAAAGCGUGUUGUGGGCAGUACUCGUUAGCCUUAACGAUCGAGAAGGUGCCCAUAUUCCUAGAUUUGGUGCCAUGUAUGCCAAUAACUUUCAGAUAUGCCGCCUAUAGGCAAUUCACUUGGUUUUUAUAUGCAAAACUUGGUAGAGGUGUCAGACAAGUUAUCCCAUCAUGCGUGGUUACAGCUAUUAGACAAAAGUUUCCUGAGUCUGAUGGCAGUUAUAGUAUCUUCAAAGGGGAAGAUAAUGAAGACGAUAUUAUAACUUCAGAAAUUGAUGAAGCGUGGUAA